ACAGCAACAACACAAAAUCUUGAAAUUAAUUAAGAAUCAAUUACUAAAAGGAUGAGGCCAAUUACCUUUCUUGUCACUAUGACCACUGUUGCUGUCAUCUUGUCUACCACCAAUGCGACAUUUGGUGGAUGGGAAUGGGAGCCGAUAAAGAACUUGAAGGAUGAGCACGUCAAAGAGAUUGCCGAGUACGCAGUGGAGGCUUACAAUAUGAUAUCUAAUUCUUUCCCGAUACAACUAGUGAAAGUCGAGAAAGGAAAAAUCCGAUAUGCUGGUGGCACGAACUACAAGCUCGUCGUGGCGGCGGUUGUACCGGAAACGGGAAACAUGGUAAAACUAUACGAAACCGUUGUCCAUGAGAAUAUUUUUUAUGCAAAGAAAGUUGUAUAUUUCAGACAGUUGUUCAAAUCAGCACCGACCCCUGAAAGUUAGUAGCUUUUUAUUUUAAGUUUAUUAAAUAAAAUUAUGAAUAAUAGGUAGCCAUAAGCUUAUGGAAGUAUACAUUUGCCUCCCUUGCAGUUACAUUCGUAGUUUUUAUUCUAGUGAUUGAUAUAGUACAACUAUUGACUUCUUCUCCUUUUGCAUUCAUUUGAUCAUUGAUAUUUAGGACAUGCAAAAUGGUAAUUACAGUGCAGUGCAAUCCCUUAUACCGU